GACCGUCUCAUAACGCAAUGUCACAUAUUCUUGACCAAUCUUACUCAUCAUCGGCAACCACAGCUUUGUUCCCUUUCCAAGCUACUGCACGAUACAUAGCUGUUGGAUCUAAUCCUAUGUUAUCAUAUUAUGCAACCACAGACUCGAGUCGUCCUUUUCUUCUGGCUGUAUCAAUUGCGAGCAUGGUUGCCUCAAAAGUUACGAGUGCUGUGUUCUCACUUGCAAAGACAUUAUUAACGGCAACAGGCACUAUUUCAACUGUGGCUGCUGAUGGAGGUUCAUCCAUGGCCAACAUCGCGCCAGCCACUUCUAUACCUUUAGUGCUAUCUUUAAAAGAUGCUAACAGAAAAAUAACAAAGAUAAUGUAA